GUGUUGGCGCGUGGGUCUCACAGGGGUGGCCAGGUCCCCACCGUGAGAGUCUGUGGAAGAAGAAGCUGAGUUUGAGAAAGAUAAGGAAAUUAACAAAGGAACCCUCUUUCAUCUCUUCACACCCUCAUGGCUAGUACUUCCAUUAACAGUGGUCUGGGGUGGAAAUCUUCCUGCUUGUUCGUACAAUCCAAUCGGUUCAACGUUGUUUUGCCUCCUUUCAAACCAAAACCCCCCCUUACCAAGUUUUCUCUCACUUGCUCUGCCACCUCCUCUUCUUCUGAUCCACUCUUGGUUAAGGCUGCUAGGGGAGAUCCUGUGAGUCGCCCUCCGGCGUGGAUGAUGCGCCAAGCAGGAAGGUACAUGGCUGUUUACAGAAAGCUUGCUGAGAAAUAUCCAUCCUUCCGAGAGAGGUCAGAGACAACUGAUCUCAUUGUGGAAAUUUCUUUGCAGCCUUGGAAAGCUUUCAGGCCUGAUGGAGUAAUUAUUUUCUCUGAUAUCCUUACACCUCUACCUGCAUUUGGAGUUGAUUUUGACAUAGAAGAAGCACGUGGACCUGUUAUACAUUCACCCAUUCGUACUGAGGAGGGAUUAAAGACUUUGCAUCCAAUUGAUCUUGACAGGCUUAGAUUUGUCGGAGAAUCACUUAAGAUGCUGCGCCAGGAGGUUGGUGGUCAUGCUGCAGUUUUGGGUUUUGUGGGAGCUCCUUGGACAAUAGCAACAUAUAUUGUUGAAGGGGGUACAACACGUACAUAUACAAUCAUUAAGAGCAUGUGCCACACAGCACCACACUUAUUGAGGACUUUGCUUUCUCAUUUGACACAAGCCAUAGCUGAUUACGUUAUUUUCCAAGUUGAGUCUGGGGCUCACUGCAUACAAAUAUUUGAUUCAUGGGGUGGACAACUACCACCUGAAAUGUGGGAACGCUGGUCAAAGCCUUAUAUCAAAGAGAUUGUAAAUUUGGUCAAGAAAAAAUGCCCUGGAAUACCAAUUGUUCUUUAUAUAAAUGGAAAUGGUGGCCUUCUCGAGCGUAUGAAAGACACAGGAGUUGAUGUUAUAGGUCUAGACUGGACGGUGGAUAUGGCAGAUGGAAGAAGAAGAUUGGGCAGUGGGAUAGGUGUGCAAGGAAAUGUGGACCCUGCCUACUUAUUCUCCCCUCUUCCUGCCCUUGCUGAAGAAAUUCAGAGGGUUGUGAGGUGUGCGGGACCUAGACGGCAUAUCCUUAAUCUUGGUCAUGGUGUUCUUGUUGGCACACCUGAAGAAGCUGUUGCACAUUUCUUUGAAGUGACUAGGAGCUUGCAGUUUGAUACACUUUUUCAAAAUAAUACUGCAAAAGAUCCUAAUCUCGUAAUUUAAGGACAAAUGCAAUUAGUGUGCCACUUGUUUUACUUUGCCUGAGGAAGAGUGUAGGAUUAGUCCUUCCUGAUUCUUAUGAUCAAGAGUAUGAGGAUUUGCACAUUGCUGUAUCGGCUAACUAGAUCAAGUUGUGAUUUCACAUUCUGCUGUAUUUAUAAUUGAAUAUGAUAAAUUAAUAAGAGAAUUUCUUCCAAUUGUUUAUUUUUGGGUAAAUGCCCUGUGUUUGUACUAAUAAUUUAUUUCAGAGAAUUAUCAAUUAAUUUAUAAGUUAUCAUGGCGUUCUGG